GCUGUGUACCUGCUUGCCAAAAGGUUUACAAUGUACCGUAUUUUCCGAGAAAUACGCUUCUACCGAAACACUUGUACCUUCCAUCUCCCGAGAACUUCGAACCUCCCUACUGGGGUCCCCUCCACCACCAAGUCUCCUACCGGUAGGUACACCUCACUAGCUAAACCCAGCUCAAUACUCCCUACCCGAGUAUACAAUUACCAAAAAAAAAUGCUUCGCACAAUCCUCCGGCCAGCCCAUCAGGGUGCACUUCACAUAACUACCAAAAUAACAACAGCAGCCGCCACAAUUCGAAAAGCCCACAGCACAACAUUUGACUGGCAGGACCCUCUCCUACUCACUUCCGCCCUGACAGAUGAUGAAGUCACCAUUUCGAAUAUGGCGCGGGAGUAUUGUCAGGAGAAGCUUUUGCCUCGGGUUUUACAGGCGUACCGUGAUGAGCAUUACGACAGGAGGAUUUUGGUUGAGAUGGGGGAGUUGGGACUAUUGGGGGCUACGAUUAAUGGGUACGGAUGUGCAGGUGUGGGGAAUGUUGCCGCAGGGUUGGUUACUAGAGAAGUGGAGAGGGUAGAUAGUGGAUACCGCAGUGGAAUGAGUGUUCAGAGCUCACUCGUCAUGGGAGGCAUCGACGAGUUCGGGACGCAGGAGCAGAAGGAGCGAUUCCUGCCGGGUAUGGCAAAGGGAAAGAUUAUUGGAGCCUUUGGCCUGACAGAACCAAAUCAUGGUUCCGAUCCUGGGUCCAUGGAAACCGUUGCCCGACCACAUCCCACAAAGAAGGGAGUCUGCCUCCUUUUCGGGUCGAAAACCUGGAUCACAAAUUCUCCAAUCGCAGACGUUCUCAUGGUCUGGGCCAAACUCGACUGUAAGAUCCGUGGCUUUCUCGUGGAGAGAGCUACCGCAGCUCCUGGAACACUCUCGACUCCAGCCAUCAAAGACAAAACCGGGCUCCGAGCGUCCAUCACUGGAAUGAUCAUGUUAGACGGGGUGGAAGUUCCUGAGGAAAACAUGUUUGCAGACGUUGAUGGUCUGAGGGGCCCAUUUAGUUGUUUGAACAAUGCCAGGUAUGGGAUUGCGUGGGGUACUAUGGGGGCGCUGGAAGACUGCAUUACGAGAGCGAGGAUAUAUGCUCUGGAACGAAAGCAGUUUAAAGGAAAUCCUCUAGCAAAGUACCAGCUCGUUCAGAAAAAGCUAGCGGAUGCGACCACGGAUGCUGCUUUCGGGUUGGCCGCUUGCUUGCAUGUCGGGCGGCUGAAGGAUAAAGGACUCUGUGCUCCAGAGAUGAUUUCAAUGAUCAAGCGUCAAAAUUGCGAUAGAGCACUUGCUAACGCUCGAAUCCUCCAGGAGAUUUUCGGAGGAAAUGCGGUGUCGGACGAAUAUGGGACUGGAAGACACGUUGCAAAUCUUUUUGUUACCCAAACAUACGAAGGCCAGAGUGACAUCCACAGUCUUAUACUCGGACGGGCAAUCACUGGAGCCCAAGCCUUUUGUUAG